AUGGUUAUUCAAAGUAAUCAUGAUGUAACUUCUGAGGGGAUUCUUGAGAAUGUAUGGGCUAAGGUUAUAGCAGAUGGAAGAACAGGCGAUGCAGCAGAAUCUUCUAACUCCUGGGAAGAACUGCCUAAUCUUGAUGGAAGAGAUGGGUCUAUGGAAAUGCUGCAAAGACUUCCAAGUUUAGGGAGAUGGAUAUCAAUGGGAGCUGAUUUCUGGGAACAAGUUUUGGAUGGUGUUCUACCUGCUGAAAGCAAAAUAGAAGAAUCUAGCAACAAAAAUUUGGAAAUUGAAAGUGCUAAUAAACCCAAUAAAAAAGUAGAAGAUGCUGUGAGAAAAGAGAAGGCAUUUGCAAAACACUAUAGGGGAGUAAGGAGAAGGCCAUGGGGUAAAUAUGCUGCAGAGAUUAGAGACUCAUCCAAGAAAGGUGCUAGAGUUUGGCUUGGGACAUUUGAUACAGCUGAAGAAGCAGCUUUAGCUUAUGACAAAGCUGCUUUGAGAAUUAGAGGUCCAAAGGCACACCUCAAUUUCCCACUUGAGACAGUCACAAAUGCUGUAGGAUGUGGAAAUAAAGGAACUCAUCUUACUAUCUCGGCUUCUUCUAGAACUUGUGAAGAGUAUUGCUCUGCUUGCACAUGCACUGUGGACAAAGAAAAUGUUUUCAAAUCCAGGAAGAGAGGAUCACGGGAUGGGGAAGAAUUUGCUGCUGAUAUGAUGAAUAAACAACAUGCAACAAAAAAGAUGGCAAGCUUGGAACACAUGCUAGAAAAUGAACUAGAUGUUUUUGUAUUUCAGGACCUAGGAAGUGAUUAUUUGGACAGUUUGCUGUCUUCUUUUUGA